GGUAAGGGCGGGACGCAGCAGCCGAGUAGGAGCGGUCUUAGGACGAAGAAAAUGGCGGUCGCCAUGCUGAUGCUGGUUAUUCCGUCGUGGUCGGCAGCCCCGGGACUCCUCAGGAACUGUUGGGAACGACUGCGGCGGAAACUUCAGCAGAGCCGGCCAGGCUUCCCCAGUCUUCCGUGGGGACCAGCAUUAGCAGUCCAAGGUCCAGCUACAUUUACAGAACCAGCAACUGAUACUAAUGGAAGUAAGGAGAAUUCCAGCCUUUUGGAUAGUAUCUUUUGGAUGGCAGCUCCCAAAAACAGACGCAGCAUUGAAGUUAACCGGUGUAGGAGAAGAAACAUUCAGAAGCUCAUUAAAGUUAAGAACAACAUAGACGUUUGUCCUGAAUGUGGUCACCUGAAACAGAAACAUGUCCUUUGUGGCUACUGCUAUGAGAAGGUGUGCAAGGAGACUGCAGAAAUCAGAAGACAGAUAGGGAAAACAGAAGGGGGCCCUUUUAAGGCUCCUUCUGUAGAGACCGUGGUGCUGUACGCGGGAGAGACACCAUCUGAACAGGAUCAGGGCAAGAGGAUCAUUGAACAAGCCAGGAAGCGGCCAUCCUGGUUCACCCAGAAUUGACACCAGAGAUGUUUAAAGGGGAUAACUUAACAUAAAACAUUUCUCCUGAAAAAGGAUUCUUUGUUUUUAAUGUUUUGUGCUUGUUUUAUUUUCAUUUUUUUUAAAGAUUUUAUUGGGGAAUUGGG